AUGAGAAUUCAGGGUUUCGUAGCUCUGUCGUUGGCUGCAUCGGCUGCUGCGGAAGCCAUUGGCCUCUCAUUCACAGGAACAACUGUCAAGUUUAACGGGGUCGACUAUUUCAUCAAUCCCCAUGCUACUGGCUUCGUACACGGUGUUGCCGGUGCCGUUGGUGAUGCCCAGGCAGCCGGCUUCGGUCUUACACCCGUUACUGUCGUAGCAGACGACGUUCAGCUUUCCGACCUCAACAAAUUGCUCACCACAUGGAACAAGACUGACGACGUGUUCCAACGUGGCUUUGUCCAGGAACUUGUCCUCUCCAAGGCCCAGGAGACUCCUAUCCAAAACGUGGACAUUUUGGGCACCAAGUCUACCGUCUGGCCGCUAGGCGAAGCCGACUCACACAUCCCUUCCGGUCCUUACUUUGUUAAUGACGCCACUGGAGCCUUGUAUCCCGUCUACAGACUCUAUCCCGACUUUUCCCAAUCCUUCUCCAACUCCCUCCUUCAGAACCCAGAUGGAUCCUUCCAGCCCCUGGCUGCACAGACAGCCACAUCGGGUACGCUUACCAUCGGCGUGCCUUCACGCCUCUAUUACACUCGCACCCAAGACAAGCCGCUGGCCGGCGUUCGUAUUGGUGUCAAAGAUUUAUACCAUCUCAAGGGUGCCAAGACAUCCAAUGGUAACAAGGCGUGGUACAACCUGUACCCUCCUGCAGAGGAGACUUCUCCCGUCAUCCAGCGCCUGAUUGACGCUGGUGCCAUUAUUGUCGGUCUUCAGACGCCAACGCAGUUUGCUAACGGAGACACAUAUGCUGGCGACUGGGUGGACUACAAGAGUCCCUUUAACCCUCGUGGUGAUGGAUACCAGAUCCCGUCUGGCAGCUCUUCCGGCGCUGGUGCCUCCGUUGCCGCUUACGACUGGCUUGACAUUGCUGUUGGCAGUGAUACUGGCGGCAGCAUCCGCGUUCCCGCUGCGGUGCAAGGCGUCUUUGGUAACCGUCCUACACACGGCCUUGCCUCGUUGGCUCACGUUACGCCGCUCUCCCCAGUUCUUGACACUGCUGGCCUCCUCACCCGUGACCCGAAGCUCUGGGACACUGCGCUCGCUGUUUUGUACGGAAAGAACUACACUUCUCUGGCAAAUGAAAAGCAUGUCGAGUACCCCAAGAUUAUUUACAUGGUUGACAUCCCCGGCGCCAACGGAAGCAGCGUUAGCCAGCUAUUCGGCAAGUUUGUUACUGACGCCGCCAAGCUUAUGGGAGCUGAGGUCAAGCCUAUCAGCUUGGAAUCCUUGUGGGAGGAGACCAGAUCGGCUGAUGCUCCCCAGGUGUCAUUGGAUGAGCUGUUGAACAGAACUUAUCCCGUAUUGGUUAGCAAGAAUCAGGCCACUCUUGUCCGGGAUGGCUUCUUUGCCGACUACGCAGCAAAGUUUGACGGCAGAAAGCCAUUUGUUAACCCUUCAGCUCGUGGCCGCUGGGAAUUCGCCGACACUUUGGCAGAGAAUGAGCUCGAAGAUGCGUACCGCAACAGAACCAUCUUUGCUGACUGGCUCACUAAGACGGUGCUUCCCCGUACCAACGGCACCGCCUGCUCCAACGCCUUCCUUCUGUACCCUGCCGCCCACGGCUCUGUCAACCGUACCGAUACAUACGCCGGACCCCCUCCACUGCCCUAUGGCUUCGAGCAUGUGUCCUACAGCGGCAUGUCUGGAGUUCCUGACGUUGUCUUCCCUCUGGGCGAGGUUGAAUCCGAGAGCAGCAUUACCGGCAUUCACGAGAAGCUUCCUGUGUCUGUCAGCGUCCUGGCGGCACGAGGCUGUGAUGGAAUUAUUACCCGACUGGCUAUUGACAUGCUUGACGCUGACGCAUUGUCGAUUCCUGAGGUUGGAUCUACUACCAAUGGCGCCAAUGUGAAGUUCCGAAGUGACGGAUCUGAGCAGUUGGUGUAA